AUGAUCCGUCAAUCCGUCAUUCGUCCUCUUACCACGACAACUCGCGCCAUCCUUACCCGGCCCUUCUCCGCAAUUGCUCCCAGAAUGGGUGAAGGUGAUACCGGUGCUACGCGGGCUGGCGGUGCCCAGGCUAGCGACCAAUUCCAGAAGCGUGAAGCUGCCCAGGAGAGUCUCUACAUCCACCAAAAAGAGCAGGAAAGGCUCCUUGCUCUCAAGAAGAAGGUUGAAGAACAGCGCAAGCACUUGGAUGAGCUGGACAAGCACCUUGACGAAUUCACCCAGGGCAAGAAAUAG